GCCAUGAGGUGCUUUUCAAUCCACUCCGCUGUAGGUAGACUUCAGCUGAGCACACGCCUCCUCUGCUGUGGCCGCCCUUGAAGUUGGGAAGCGAUCUCUCAUCUUCCUUGGUCCUGGAUCUUGAUUAGCCUUGCUUCUUGUUGCCAUGGUGACAUCAUUGAGGCGCAAUUCAGAUUCGAUGCUCCUGGAGGCUGAAAUUCAGGGUGCCCUUCAACCAUGCAGUCCGCUGUCCUGCCUUGAUCUGAGACACGACUAGCAUGUCCAGCACAAGCACCGGUCAUUGGGCGUUUGACUCCUGGAAGAUGACGCAGCAGGUUCUAGACUCGUAUGGUUUCUCUCAUGCCCUGACUGGUGAGGAAGCCGUUCAGCGGCAGAUGUGCGAAACGAGGGCGAGGGAGCAGCAGAAGAUGUGGUGGGAGAAGGAGCGGACGCUAGGCCCGGGGUGGUAUGAAGACGAGCUUGAGGCGGGCCAGAAUGGCUUUGCUGGGGGGUUCUCAAUGGCUGCCGUCACAGCAGUGGCAAACGGUUCUUCCCUGAAGAAGCUGAUACGCAAGGGCAUCCCGGCGCAGUCUAGAGCAAAGGUGUGGUGGAGUUGUUCGGGAGCUGGCAAGAAGGAGCGGGAAGCUGGGGAGGGGUACUAUGCGAACCUGCUGAAAUUGGUGGAGGGGAAGGAGACGGUGCACACACGGCAGAUUGACAACGAUGUACAUAGAACGUUUCCCGGGCACCCCUGGCUGGACUCCGAAGAGGGGAAAACGCUGUUGCGACGGGUGCUCGUUGCAUACUCCUGGCGCAACCCCGGCGUCGGUUACUGCCAGUCCAUGAACUACGUAACGGCUUUCCUGCUCCUGGUCAUGCGGUCCGAGGAGCACGCCUUCUGGAUGCUCGCUACCCUGCUGGAGGAUAUUCUGUACGAAGACUCGUACUCGGGGGACCUCUCAGGAUGCCACGUGGAAACUCGGGUACUAGGGGAACUACUAGAAAAGAAACUGCCUAGGUUGGCGGUGCUGCUAGAGAAACUAGGGUGCGAGCUGGCGCUCCUGUGUACAGAAUGGUUCCUCUGCCUCUUCGUCAAAAGCCUGCCGCCAGAGACAACGAUGCGGAUCUGGGACGUUCUCUUCAACGAGGGAGCGAAGGUCAUCUUCCGAGUAGCGCUCGCUUUGUUGAAGAUGAACGAAGCGAACCUGCUGAAGACCAAGAGCGUCGGGGAGCUGAUCCACCUGUUGCAGGACGCGACGCGGCAUACAUACGACAGGGACGAGUUGAUGAAGGUGGCGUUUGAAAAGUUGGGGUCGUUUCCGAUGAAGAGUAUACUGAAGCAAAGGCGGAGGCAACACCCCUUGGUUAUGGCUGAGCUUCAAGACAGAUUGCGAAAGCACGAAAAUAAAAGCUCGUAACGCUCACUUAGAGAUCAUACUUACCUGCACUGCUUGUGCAAGGGUUUUACUAAUAUAGGUGGAAGGCCCUGACUUCCAAGAGCGUCUUGCUCGGGUCCAACAUAAAGGUGUCAGGUUGGAUUAUCAUGAUGCCUAUUCCGUGCUGCAUGUCCCGGAGUCCAUGUUUGUACAGGCCAUGAUUUAUGCUACCAGAUCGAGUAGC